AUAGUUGUGCUGAUCAUAUGACCGGAAGCGUCUGGAAGAAGCUCUUUCUGUGGUUUCCCUGAAUUCUUCCCAUGGGAAGAUAGGGGUCCCCCAUGCAGCUAGGCGGUUCCUAUACUCUGCUAAAGGGGUUCCUCCAUCAUUAAGCAGUAGAGGUCCGGCUGCUGGUCCAUGCAGAGUGAUACCUUCACCCUGGGAGCCCUGACACCCACCUCCUCACACCCACACACUGCAAAAUGAGUCACCCAGGUCAGUCCACACAGCUAACUAGCCCGAGCAGAUUCCCCUGUAUGUGUAGCCUUGUCCCAGUCUAUCUGUCAGGCAUGGAGGACAUAAAGAGAGCCUGUAUACAGUAACCCCUGACAGCCCAGCUUCCCUGUACACACAUCAUCAUCAGUGAGAAUACUAAAGAUCCUCUGCUGUCUUCUCCUCCCUGCUGAGCCCCUUGGCUGGAAGCUCCUCACUCCUUCUUCUAGAUGGAUAGUAACACAGUGCUGCAUUCAGAUAACAAGGAAGAUGCCCCUGUCCUAUUGGCAGAGCUACGUCCUGGCAGAGAGCAGCUGUAUGAUUGGAAGUCCAGUUGUGAGACGUGGAGUGUUGCCUUCUCUCCUGAUGGCUUCUGGUUUGCAUGGUCUCAAGGACAUGGCAUCAUUAAACUCAUCCCCUGGCCACUGGAAGAGGAACCGAUACGAACACCAUCCUACAGGACGAAAAGUCAAUGCUACAAAAGUGCAGAGGUUAAAGGAAAAUGUAAUCUGAAAGAGAAAAUUCUGGACUGUGGUCAGAUUGUCUGGAGCUUAGCAUUUGGCUCCUCCUCUUCACCAGCAGGAUGGAAGUUGUGGCCACGUUCCAGGCAACAAGCAUCUGGAUCUCUUGGGUCUUGGCAGCUUCUAGCAACAGGACUUAGUGAUGGUCACGUCAAAAUAUGGGAAGUGCAUACAGGUCGUAUGCUCUUCAAUUUAUCUGGGCACCAAGAUGUGGUAAGAGACAUGCGCUUCGCUACAAAUGGCAGUCUGACCCUUGUUACUGCAUCCCGAGAUAAGACACUGCGUAUCUGGGACUUAAAAAAAGAUGGUAAAUUGAUCCAGGUGCUAUCUGGACACGUCCAGUGGGUCUACUGCUGUUCCAUCUCGCCAGACUGCAGUAUGCUGUGUUCUGCUGCUGGGGAGAGCUCGGUGUUGCUUUGGAGCAUGCGAUCGUACACACUCAUUCGGAAGCUGGAGGGCCACCAGAACAGUGUCGUAUCAUGUGACUUCUCUCCAGAUUCUGCGCUCUUAAUCACAGCCUCUUAUGACACUACCAUGAUUUUGUGGGAUCCCUAUACAGGCGAAAAGCUAAGACAGUUUCUCCAUAUUUCGCCGUCUCGUGAUCUGGACUAUAGCUCUCCAGAACCACAGCUCAGCGCUCUAAGAUCCGUCUGCUUUUCACCAGAAGGACUGUACCUUGCAAGCUUGGCAGAUGACAGAUUUCUGAGAAUAUGGUCCCUGGAACAUGAAGAGCCCUUGUCCGCCGCUCCAGUAACAAAUGGACUGUGUUGUACAUUCUUUCCACAUGGAGGAAUUCUCGCUACAGGAAAUCGAGAUGGACAGGUGCAGUUCUGGACGUCCCCUCAGGUCCUGUCUUCACUUAGGCACUUGUGUCGCAAAGCACUGCGUUGUUUCCUAACCACCUAUCAGGUCCUCGCACUGCCGAUUCCUGGAAAAAUGAAGGAUUUUCUAACAUACAGGACUAAUUAUUAGUCUUCUUACAGUAACAAAGAAUAUUGAGGAAAUGGACUGCUAGAAUCUGAAACUUGCACAGUAGCUGCAGCUUGUAGGAAAUAAACUUGGUCAGCAAAGGUCACUUGUGUGAAGGCAAAGAUCAUUCCCAAUGGGAUGGUUCCUGAGCCGACGACCAGGUUUGAUUUUGCAGCUCUCUUGUUUAAGGAUGAUGUUUUUAUCUUGUAGGGUGCAGGACAGAAGAAAGCAUCCCACUAUCUUCACUUCAUUAGAUAUAUUCUAACAGCCUUUAAAAUAUGUCUUUACUAAGGGAAAGUAGACCAAAUCCAGAGCAGAUUGUCUGCUUGUGAGCUCGUUUUCCAAUUUGGCCAGACAUACAUUUUCUUAGUAGACAAACAAAAAAAACGCAAUGACUAAAGUGGAAAUCAAAAUGUUGUGGUGGUAAUUGUAAAAUCCCAACUAAUGUAAUUGUGGUAAUUGCUUUAGUACUGUGGAAGGGGUAAAGUUUAGUUCACACAGGAUAUGCCCUUCCCAUUUUUAAAGCAGAGAUAUUUUUUUGUAAAUGCUCUGAAAUUGUAGGCUAAAAAAUGAUACAUGCAUACUUGUAAAUAUGUGUUAACUUUUACAUUAUCCAUAUUUCAUAUGUAUGCCAGCUUGCCUUUUGUCAUCUGCAUUAGUGAGGUGAUGAAGGCAGUACCACUCUCAGAGGACGGUGAUGUUAUAAUAUCUCCCUCCCAGGAACUGGACCUGUAUUAGGGGAUGUUCUAUCCUCACCCUAAUCGCCCCCUUUUUCUUUUUAAGUUUGAUUGUUUUACUAAAUACAGAUGAGAGUCAUUUUGUUCUGUGCAGUUGUUUACUCUGCCCCUUAGGGCUCAUGCACAUAUGAUUUUAUUUUAUGUAGGAUCUUUCUGGCAUACACCCCUUAUAUGUCCAUAUGAACUAGAAUGCUCCCCGCUGUUCAGGGCCUCCGCCCGCUGAUGCCUUCAGUCAUUGUGCAAAUGUGCCACACGUGUCAUUCAUGCAGCAGCUGCUAUUGAUGAUCACAUCAGUAGUGUAUAUCUGUGAUCACUGCCUGCCGAUUCUACAAUAUGCCUUCAAUCAUUCUGCGCAUGCUCCGCUGGCUACACAUUGAUAUUGACGUGUCACACCUGAGCAACAUCGGCCAAUAGGGACCCUGUAUUUGUGUAAACAUUAGUACAAACGUUUACACAUGUCUAGCGUUAUAUGCAGGACCAUGGAUGCAGAUUUAAAAAAAAAAAUUUUUUUAUCCAGCUCCAGAUUGUGUGCAUUGGCCCAUAGCAUAUUGUACAGCUGCAUCAAGAUCCAUUAAAAAAAAUAUUCAGGUUGUGGAUCUGAACGUAGUCCAUCUGCAUGAGCGCUUUCAGAGGCCAUAAAGAUUUCAGGUCCCAGCAGCUAAAAAACUUUGUGAAAAAGCCACAAGACACAGUUUUACAAGUGUGCAUGCAUGAGUUUUAAAAAAUGACACAAAAGAACCCUCUGAGAGAAAUGUAGACGCUGCCAUUGCUGGCCUCCUAAAAUUGCUAGUUGCUUGUCUAUUCAAUGGCUUCUGUCUGACUCACAAAACAUGCAGUCCCAUAACUCCUGAUCUGCGUGCUUCCUUUCAAGUGUAGAUUCACCUUUUUCAGAAAAGGUGCUCGAACACCGUAUAUCCUCCCCAUCUCUCUGAUCCCUGCUUCACAUACAUCUGUGGGUGGCGAGCUGUCGGUGCCCAGGCAGCCGGUGCAGCGAUCUGGGGAUUUGAAAUCCACGCUUCCCCAUUUUUCCUUUUGUUUCUGCAGUGCUUCUGGGACAGAUUAGAGAUUCUGAUUGGUCAGUGUCAACACCUAGCAUUGCUGUGACCUGUCUUGGAAGCCCUGCAGAAAGAAGAAAGGAUUUCAAAACUUUGGACCACUGACAGCCCCUCACCCACACCUGUAAAAAAAAGCAUGGACCAGGAGGUGGGGUGUACAGGGUUCCUAAAAAGGUAAACUAACUCUUUAGGUCUGUGGCUUGAUAGCAUGAUAACCAGGCAAACUAGCAUUUUCAGGGGGAGAGAUCAGUAGAUGUUUUAAAGUAACUGAAAAAAAUAUUUAGUUAAUUGGGGGUAGACUUCUGUUGCCCACAUCAAGCACAGUCAUAUAGAAGAGCCAUAAUGGAAUGGCUCUGCUGAGAUUAUUAUUAUACCUUUUUGGUUUAGUUUAUUCUUUCAUUUCAGAAUGGAGAGGACCAAGGAGGUAAUUGGAUAAGGAUGCCACUUUAUAUUGAAAAAAUAGAAAGAACAUUCUUAAAUCUCUCUAACGAUAAGUGUAGUUGCAUCCAAACAUACAGGGUCACAAGAUUUCUAGAGGAUAAAAUAAAUGUGUAAAUCCUGUACUUGAGUAGAAAGCUCUGUCUUCCAUGUGUCCAUGAGAGUCUCUUCACUCCUAUAUUAGUGCUGGCUCUGGAUGUAUGGAAGUGGCAGUGCGUGUAAACACAGGCUGGCGGCACAAUAGGUGAUUGGGUACCAAGUCUCUUUCCAAUAUUUGCAGCCCUGCUCGUUUGGAUGAACCAGCACUUUUCCUUUUAAACUUGCUUGAAUCUAUUACCAAAAUGAUUUGUUCUGAUGACAUUCCUUUUAUAAAUACUUUGUUUAUUCAAUUUAGUAGUGCCUAGUGUAAGAAUGAAAUUCUAUCCUUACAGUAAUUGGGAUUUUAUUUUUUUGUGUUGUAUGUGCACAGAAUAUUUUCCUCUGUAUUUGUGUUAACACAUGUAUGUGCCUUGGUAGAAUGUUGUAACCGCCAGGCUGAAAAACCCAAUGCUAACUACAUUGAGUGUGAUUAUAAAAUGAUAUUUAUUUAAAGUAUUUACUCUUCAUUAAACAUACUUUUGGAAUUUAAACACUGACCUUUUGGUCCAUUGCAAACAUUUGAUUCACUCUUGGCCAACAAUUCAACUAUCACCCUUCCAAUGUGACAUUUUACCUCAUAUUGUGCACUAUAAAUGAGCAUGGGUGCAUUGCAAAUGGUACAUUGUAUUUUUGCAGAAAAUAUUUCUAUACUAAAAAAGUAAAAAUCUCCUGGUGUUGCAGUACACAAACAGGAAUCUUGUUAUGCUUUGUAUGAUCAGAAUGUGGAGAUGUAAUGAAAUAAAAUGCCUUAUAAUCA